CCUAUUAGGAGCGGUACGGCUGAGGGACUGGCGGGGCAGGAUACUAUCCGAGGAGGCUGUGUGCAAAAAGGAGGAGAAAAUAAACAUUUGGUUUCACGAACAGUACAACCGAACUAGCCUCCGAAUUCACCGUGGAUCUUUCAUGGGUUUAGUUUUUUUAGAAGAGCUACAUCAAACUACCGCUAAGAUUACACAUUUCCCCCAGAUUUUCCUGUCCCGUAAUCAAUAUGUCCAGUAGCCCUAUUAUCAGGGUUCUGGUGGUGCUUUGCAUCGGGACCGCUGUGAACUGUAUGCCGAACAGGAAAAGCAGGCGGCAGGCUCAUCAGGGAGAAACCAGAAUACCUUCGGUAUCAUCCGUCUCUCAAGACGGCUGCAUUGAUAAUGGACAGAUGUAUAACAUUAACGACCAAUGGGAGCGUUCCUAUCUGGGCACGAUGUUGGUCUGCACUUGUCACGGAGUUGCGGGAAUUAAGUGUAAAACAAAACCCGAAGCUGAGGAGACCUGCUAUGAUAAGAUCAACGCCAGGUCUUACCUGGUUGGUGAGACCUAUGAGAGACCCAAAGAGGGCAUGAUCUGGGAUUGUACAUGCAUUGGCUCUGGCCGGGGGAAAAUCAGCUGCACCAUUGCCAACCGUUGUCAUGAGGGGGGUGAGUCCUAUAAGAUUGGGGACACGUGGAAGAGACCUCAUGACACUGAGAGCUAUAUGCUAGAGUGUGUCUGUCUGGGCAACGGCAAGGGAGAGUGGACCUGUAAACCUGUUGCGGAGCGUUGCUAUGACAACACGGCGGGGACAUCCUACGUGGUGGGUGAAACCUGGGAGAAACCGUACCAGGGCUGGAUGAUCGUAGACUGCACCUGUCUAGGAGAGGGGAGUGGCAGGAUCACCUGUACCUCUAGAAAUCGGUGUAACGACCAGGACACACUGACGUCCUAUCGUAUUGGAGACACCUGGAGCAAGACGGACGCCAGAGGUCACAUGCUGCAGUGUCUGUGUACGGGGAAUGGGCGUGGCGAAUGGAAGUGUGAGAGACACGCCUCCCUCCACACUACCGGACUGGGCACGGGGUCCCGUGUGAUCACUAACAUCCAGCCGGCUGUGUAUCAGCCCCACCCCCUUCCCCAGCCCGGCCUGGAGCCUCACCCCGGUCUAGCCCAGGAAGGGGCCUGCCAGAUGGAUGCGGGGGUGGCCUACGCCCUGGGGAUGAGAUGGAUCAAGACCCAGGGAAGCAAACAGAUGCUGUGUACCUGCCUGGGCAACGGGGUCAGUUGUGAGGAGUGGGAGGGCCCAGCCCCAGUGUACGGUGGGAACUCCAAUGGUCAGCCCUGUGUGUUCCCUUUCACCUUCAUGGGGAAGACACAUCACUCCUGUACCUCAGAGGGACGCCCCGACGGGCAGCUGUGGUGCUGCAUCUCUUCUGACUGCGAGACUGAACAGAAAUUCUCCUUCUGUACCAAGAAGAAUGUGAUGGUGACAACCAGAGGAGGAAACUCUAACGGUGCUCUGUGUCAGUUCCCCUUCCUCUACAAUGGGAGAAACUACACCGACUGUACCGCAGACGGGCGCAGGGACGGCAUGAAGUGGUGUGGAACCACCACCAACUAUGACGGUGAACAGAGGUUUGGCUUCUGCCCCAUGGCUGCUCACGAGGAGGUGUGUACGACCAGCGAGGGUGUGAUGUACCGUGUGGGAGACCAGUGGGAUAAACGCCACGACGUCCUGGGACACAUGAUGCGCUGUACCUGCGUUGGGAACGGUCGUGGAGAGUGGAGCUGUAUCGCUUACUCCCAGCUCAAAGAUCAGUGUAUUGUGGAUGGGUUGACCCAUGAGGUGAAUCAGACCUUCACUAAACUUCAUGAAGAGGGCUACAUGAUGAACUGUACCUGUUUCGGACAGGGCCGUGGGCGCUGGAAGUGUGACGCCAUUGACCAGUGCCAGGAGCCAGAGACCAGGGUGUUCUAUCAGAUCGGCCAAUCAUGGGACAAGCUGAUCCACAGCGUCAUGUACAAGUGUUAUUGCUAUGGCAACGGUAUCGGCGAGCUCAGCUGUGAGCCCCAACAGUCUUUCCCAGGUGGUAACCGUCCAGUCCAGGUGAUCAUCUCAGAGUCUGGUAACCAACCCAACUCCCACCCCAUCCAGUGGAACGCCCCGUCCUCCGCACACAUCACACAGUACAUACUCAAGUGGAGAGUGAAAAACACCCGUACCCCUUGGCGGGAGGUGAAUAUCCCAGGCCAUCUCAACUCCUACACCAUCGCUGGUCUGAAGCCAGGCAUCACCUACGAGGGUCAGCUGAUCAGUGUGCUACGCUUCGGACGCCGUGAGGUCACACGCUUCGACUUCACCACCACAUACGGUUCCUUGGCGACCUCCGAGGGAGAGACCACCCAGCCUCCUCCGGUGGUGGACAUCAGUGAGUCUGUUACAGAGAUCACCUCCAGCAGCUUCGUCAUCUCCUGGAUGUCUGCCUCUGACACCGUGUCUGGCUUCAGGAUCGAGUACGAGCUCAGUGAGGAGGGACAAGAGAGAGGACAGCCCAUGAUUCUCGACCUCCCCCGCACCGCUACCUCUGUGAACAUCAAUGAGCUGCUUCCUGGAAGGAAAUACACUGUGAAUGUGUACGAGGUUACACCUACUGGAGAGCCCAACCUCAUCCUCACCACCUCUCAGACCACUGCUCCUGAUGCUCCCUCUGACCACGAGGUGGAUGAGGUUGGAGAGACCUCUAUCAUAGUCAGCUGGGAGAAACCCCUGGCUCCUAUCACAGGUUACCGUGUGAUCUACACCCCGUCUGUGGAGGGGAGCAACAACGGAGCUGCAACAGAGCUCACCCUGCCGGACACCGCGACCUCUGUGACUUUGAGUGACCUUCGACCAGGCCUGCUCUACAACAUUAGUAUCUACGCAGUCGAGGAUAGUCUGGAGAGUGAGCCUGUCUUCGUACAGGUCAACACAGCCGGAGAACCCUUACCAGAGGAAGUCCCGCCUCCUACAGACCUGCAGUUCUUUGAGGUGUCUGACGUGAAGAUCACCAUCACCUGGACGGGGCCGCCUACUGACGUGUCUGGGUACAGAGUGACUGUGGCCCCCGUCGGUCCCGACGGGACCCCUCAAAGAGAGCUCCAGCUCCCCGUCACACGCAACGCCUAUGCAGAGGUCACCCACCUGACCCCGGGGACUCCGUAUCUCUUCAGCAUCUACACCAUCAAGGGAGGAGAGGAGAGCCAGCCAUUGGUCGCAGAGCAGGCUACCAAGCCUGAUUCCCCCGCUGAUGUCCAUUUCACCAACGUGACUGAGGACAGUGCUCUGAUCAUGUGGAUGCCCCCUCGGGCCCGCAUCACCGGAUACCGUCUGUUCCUGACCCUGGAGGGAUCUAACCCUAAACAGCUCCGCCUGCCCGCCCGCCUGUCUCAGUACACCCUGCUCAACCUCCGUCCAGACACGGAGUACACAGCCAUUCUGCAUUCUGAACAGGACAAUACGCUCAGUGAGGGUGCCUCCAGGAGCUUCUCCACCACUCAGUUAAUGGGGAACGCCCCUCGCUUCAGUACUGAUGUCACAGACACCUCCAUCAUCAUCUCCUGGACACCCGUACCCCGAGUGGGAUACAAGUUGACGGUGAGGCCCAGUCAGGGAGGUGAGGCCCCCAGGGAUGUGACCUCUAAUUCGGGCAGCAUUUAUAUCUCAGGCCUGACCCCUGGGGUCGAGUACACCUACAGCGUCCAGCCAAUCGUCAACGGAUAUGAGCAGGGCAACCCAAUCACACGCCGCAUAGUCACACCUCUAUCUCCUCCUACUGACCUCAAACUGGAGUCCCACCCCGACAGAGGAGAGCUGACUGUCCAGUGGAACGAAGCCAGCACCCCAGACAUCACCGGCUACAGAGUGACAUGCACGCCAACCAAUGGGCAGCGAGGAAACAGCUUGGAGGAGUUUGUGAAGGCGGGUGAGACUUCGUGUACGCUGGAGAACCUCAGCCCUGGCGUGGAGUACAACGUCAGCGUCUUCACCGUUAAAGACCACAUGGAGAGCGUUCCUGUCUCCGACACCGUUACUCAAGACGUGCCCCAGCUAACAGACCUCAACUUCGUCGACGUCACCGACACUACUAUCGGCCUGAAAUGGAACCCACUAAACUACACGGCGGUCACCGGCUACCGUAUCACGGUAAUGGCAGCCGGGGAGAGCGUGCCCAUAUUCGAGGACAUGGUGGAGUCCACCACCGGGUACUACACCGUUUACGGACUGGAGCCCGGCAUCGACUAUGACAUCUCAGUCAUCACCGUGACAGAGAGUGGAGAGAGCGAGCCUACCACACUCACGCAACAAACUGCCGUUCCUGCCCCUACUAACCUGGAUUUCCCCGAGGUGGGUCCUGACAGUAUGCGGGUGACCUGGACAGCUCCUGUGGUUCCUAACCCCGCUGACAUCAGCAGCUUCGUUAUUCGCUACCACCCCAUCGAUGACGAGGAUGACAUCACAGAGAGCAGCGUUGGAAGGAACGCCGACACCGUGGUUCUUAAGAAUCUGAUUUCCAACACAGAGUACCUGGUCAGUGUGGUGUGUGUCUAUGAAACGAGGGAGAGCUCCCCUCUGGUCGGCACCCACAAAACAACUCUGGACUCCCCCAGCGGUCUGCGGUUCUCAGAAGUCCUGACCAACUCCUUCACGGUGCACUGGCAGGCCCCCAACGCCAUCAUCACUGGCUACCGGAUUCGUUACCAGAUGACCAGCGGCGGACGGGCCAAGGACGAGAGGCUGCCGCCAUCCAGGAACCACUUCACCCUGACCGGGCUGACCCCCGAGACGGAAUACAUCGUCAACAUCUAUGCUGUCAGCGGCCAGCAGGACAGCAAGCCGCUCACCGGCAAACAGAAAACCAUCUCUGACGCUCCUACUGACCUGGAGGUCGUGUCCUCCUCCCCCACCAGCGUCACAGUCCGCUGGGACGCCCCCUCUGUUACCGUGAGGUACUACAGGAUCACCCAUGGAGAGUCAGGUCUGUCCGGUGGCCACAGCACCCCUAAAGAGUUCACUGUGCCUGGUUCCCAGUCUACUGCCACCAUCCAGAACCUGAGGCCUGGUACUGACUACACCAUCACAGUCUACGCUGUGACCGGCAGAGGGGACAGCCCAGCCUCCAGCACACCCAUUUAUGUCACCCACAAGACAGAUAUUGACUCUCCUUUGGAGAUGAAGGUGACCGACGUUAAGGACAGCACCAUCACCGUGAGGUGGUCCCCGGCCCAGGGGCCCGUCCAGGGGUACAGGAUCACUGGGGUCCCCAAGAACGGACAGGGUCCCUCCUUCUCUGAGACUGUGGCUCCAGAUCAGACUGAGAUGACGUUCUCUGGCCUGCAGCCCACGGUAGAGUACAUCCUCAGUGUGUAUGCUCUGGGACAGGACGGAGAGAGCCCUCCCCUGGUUGAGACGGCUGUCACUGCGGUGGGUCGUCCCACAGACCUGACCUUCUCUAACGUUGACUCUACCUCCAUGACCAUCUCCUGGGACUCGCCCGACGGCCGGGUGACGUCGUACCGCGUCCUGUACGCCAGCCCCGAAGAGGGCGAGAGGGAGCUGCGCCCCGCACCCCGCGGAGACGAUGAAUCGGCAACGAUCCACGGCCUGCGACCCGGAAGUGAAUAUACUGUGAAGGUCAUCGCCAUGCACGACCGUACACCUAGUCCUCCACUGGUGGGCGUUCAGGCCACAGCCAUCCCUGCCCCCACCAACCUUGAAUUCUCCCAGAUCACCUCCUCCUCCUUCACCAUCAAAUGGCGCACCAUGCCCAAUGCCCGUCUGACCGGGUACCGGGUGGUCGUCAACCCCAAGAACAAGAGCGGUCCAACCAAGGAGAUGAAUGUUGCUCCUGACACCACACAGGUCCACGUGCCGGGACUCAUGGUUUCCACUAUGUAUGAGGUGCACAUUUACGCCCUGAAGAACUCUCUGACGAGCCGCCCAGUUCAAGGAGAGGUCACAACUCUGGACAACAUCAGUCCUCCGCGUCGCGUGCGUAUCUCUGACGCAAAGGACUCCUCCAUCACCCUGACCUGGAGAUCCAAGACCGAGACCAUCUCUGGCUUCCUGGUUGAGGCCACGCCCACCACCGGAGGCCGCACCCCCAUCCAGAGGACCAUCGCCCCUGAUUCCCGCACCUACACCAUCCAAGGUCUUCAGCCUGGUUCUACCUACAAGAUCAACAUAUACACUCUGAACGGCAACGGCCGCAGUGCUCCCUUCACCCUCACUGCCACCACAGCUAAGCCUGUGGUGUCUCCCCCCACCAACAUCCGGUUCACCUCUCUGACCCCUAGCAGCAUCUCCUUUACCUGGGAGGGGUCCCGUAGUGCCGGGGUCACCGGGUAUUACGUCACCUACGAGGAGGCGGGGGGCAUCCCCCGGGAACUCACCCCGCGGCCCACCGCUUCCCGCAGCCAAGCCAUCAUCACUGGUCUGAAACCAGGAACUGAAUACGUCAUCAAGAUUGUCACCCUGCAGAAUGCUCUGAGAAGCACUCCUCUAGUGGGCAAGGCUAGAACUCAACUGGCAUCCCAGCUCCCUGUGUCCCACCGGCCCAGCCCCGACAUCCUGGAUGUGCCCGAGGACGAGGUUAACCCCAACUUCCCCACCGACCUCGACUUUAACCCCAGCAACCCUAGCUUCAACGCCAACCCCAAUGGAAACCCCAACUACCCCCCCAACACCAACCCUAACCCCAACUUUCCCCUCAACCCAAACGGCAACCCCGACCAGUUCAACCCCAAUGGUAACCCCAACUUCCACGUGAAUCCCAAUCCUAACUUCCACUUCAACCCCAAUGGGAACCCCAACACCAACCCCAAUGGAAAUUUCAACGUUAACCCCAACCAGUUCAACCCUAACAGCAACCCCAACCAGUUCAACCCUAACAGCAACCCCAACCAGUUCAACCCUAACAGCAACCCCAACACCAAUCCCAACCCCAACUUUCCCCUCAACCCCAACCCCAAUCCUAACCCCAAUUUUCCCCUCAACCCCAACACCAACCCUAAUGGGAACCCCAACCAGUUUAACCCCAAUGGUAACCCCAACUUCCACGUGAACCCCAACCCUAACUUUAACUUUAACCCCAAUGAGAAUCCCAACACCAACCCCAAUGGGAACUUCAACGUGAACCCCAACAUCCCCCUCAACCCUAAUGGCAACCCCAACCAGUUCACCCCUAACAGCAACCCCAAUCCUAACCCUAACUUUCCCCUCAACCCCAACAGCGAUGCCAACACCAACCCCAACUUCUAUGGCAGUGCCAAUCAUAACCCCAUUUUUAACACCAACCCUAACUUUAACCCCAAUCCCAACCUCCCCCUCAACCCUAGCGGGAACCCUAACCCUAAUGGCAACCCCAACUAUAACGUCAAUGUGAACCCCAACCUUCCCCUCAACCCCAAUUUGAACCACAACUUGAACCCUAACCCCAACUUGAACCCUAACCCCAACCCCAACUUCAAUACCAACGGGAACCCCAACCCCAACUUGAACCCCAACUUGAACCCUAACCCCAACUUCAACACCAACCCUAACCCCAACUUCAACACCAACCCUAACCCCAACUUCAACACCAACCCUAACCCCAACUUCAACACCAACCCUAACCCCAACUUCAACACCAACCCUAACGGGAACCCCAACCCUAACGGGAACCCCAACCCUAACCCUAACGGGAACCCCAACACCAACCCUAACCCUAACCCCAACUUCAACCCUAACCCUAACCCCAACUUCAACACCAACCCUAACCCCAACUUCAACACCAACCCUAACCCCAACUUCAACACCAACCCUAACGGGAACCCUAACCCUAACGGGAACCCCAACACCAACCCUAACGGGAACCCCAACACCAACUUCAACACCAACCCUAACCCCAACUUCAACACCAACCCUAACCCCAACUUCAACACCAACCCUAACCCCAACUUCAACACCAACCCUAACGGGAACCCCAACACCAACCCUAACGGGAACCCCAACACCAACCCUAACCCCAACUUCAACACCAACCCUAACGGGAACCCCAACACCAGCCCCAACUUCAACACUAACCCCAACACCAACCCUAACGGGAACCCCAACCCCAACACCAACCCCAAUGGGAAUACCAAACCUAACCCCAACUUUCCCCUCAACCCCAACACCAACCCCAACUUGAACCCCAACUUUCCCCUCAACCCCAACACCAACCCCAACUUGAACCCCAACUUUCCCCUCAACCCCAACACCAACCCCAACCCCAACUUUCCCCUCAACCCCAACUUGAACCCCAACCACGUCCAGCUGGUGGGGACUAACGGCCAGGACACGCUGGGCCAGCAGGGCCAGCACAUCUACACAGAAUACCAGAGCCUGGGCCCCAACCCCAACGGCAGGGACAACCAGGGUCCAGCUAUCCACCACCGUGAACCCCUAGUCUACAUCCCCGUCCCAGGCCCCGAUGGCCAGAGAGUGCCCCUGGUCCGGGUGAGCGAGGGUCCGUUAUCGGGUCUUCCGUUUGGGUUCCCUGAGAAUGAGACCGGGUUUGGGGUGCCGCAGGAGGCCCAGACACGCACAACCAUCUCAUGGCAGGGUGUUCCCCAGAGCUCAGAGUACAUGGUAUCCUGUAGCCCCAUCACCAACCUCGAAGAGAAGAUGUUCCAGAUGAGAUUACCAGGCACUUCUACCAGUGCCACUCUGAUCGGGUUGACAUCAGGAGCCUCCUAUAACGUUGUUGUGGAGGCCAUGAGAGGGCAGGGCCGAGAGAAGGUCCUGGAGGAGAUAGUCACCGCUGGCAACGCUGUUCCAGGAGACCACCUCCCCUCCAACAGAGACGUGUGUUAUGACACGUUCACAGCCACCUACCAUGACGUGGGUGUAGAGUGGGAGCGUAUGUCAGAGACAGGCUUUAAGCUGUGGUGCAGGUGUCUGGGGCUGGGCAGUGGCCAUUUCAGAUGUGAUUCAUCCAAGUGGUGUCAUGACAGCGGGAACAACUACCGCAUAGGAGAGAAGUGGGAUCGCCACGCUGAGAACGGUCACAUGAUGAGCUGUACUUGUUUGGGCAACGGGAAGGGAGAGUUCAAGUGCGAGCCACAUGAGUCCACGUGUUAUGACGAGGGGAAGAUGUACCAGGUGGGCAACCAGUGGCAGAAGGAAUACCUGGGAGCUAUCUGUACCUGCACCUGUUAUGGAGGACAGCAGGGCUGGCGCUGUGAGAACUGCAGAAGACCGGGAGCUCAGACUGAGGUAGAUGUGGAUCUGCUACAGCCUCAAAUACACCAAGACGCAUUCGACCGCUAUAGGGAGAACGCCCUGAAGAAACUGAACAUCCAGUGUCCUAUAGAGUGUCUGAGACCAGAGCUCCUAGCAGAUGUACAGCAACCCUCCGAGUAAAGGAGAGGAGAACCACACCUCCUCAGACUCCACUCACAUUACAGGGCCUUCAGAAAGUCUUCCUAUCCCUGGACUUAUUCAACAACUUGUUGUUACAACCUGAAUUCAAAAUGGAUUAAAUAGAUUUUAAUGAAAGUGAAAAUGUUUUUAGACAUUUUUAGCAAAUAUAUAUAUAUUGAAAAUGAAAUGCAUAAAUAUCUAAUUUACUUAUGUAUUCCCAUCCCUGAGUCAACACUUUGUAGGAAGUGUUGGGUCAAUCUCUAAGAGCUUUGCACACCUGGAUUGUACAAUAUUUGGCCAUUUUUAAAAAUUAUUUUUUAUUGUUCAAGCUCUGUCAAGUUGGUUGUAGAUCAUUGCUAGACAGCCAUUUUCAAAUAUUGCCAUAGAUUUUCAAGCUGAUUUCUAAAUCAAUACUGUAACUUGGCCACUCAGGAAUAUUCAAUGUCUUCUUGGUAAGCAACUCCAGUGUAGAUCUUGUGUUUUAGGUUAUUGUUCUGGUGAAAUCCCUGAGUGGUUUCCUUCCUCUCCGGCAACUGAGUUAGGAAGGACGCCUGUAUCUUUGUAGUGACUGGGUGUAUAGAUAAACCAUCCAAGUGUAAUUAAUAACUUCAGUGUCUGCUACCAAUUGGUGCUCUUCUUUGCGAGGCAUUAGAAAACCUCCCUUGUCUUUGUUGUUGAAUCGGUGCUUGAAAUUCACUACUCGAUUGAGUGACCUCAGACACUUGUGUGGGGUAAAGAGAUGGGAUGGUCAUAAAAAAAAAAGGUUAAACAACUUAUUAUGCCAUUUGUCAAGCACAUUUUUACUCCUGAACUUUAGGCUUGCCAUUACAAAGGGGUUGAAUACUUAUUGACUCAAUACAUUUCAACUUUUAACAUUUUGUUACUUUACAAAAUGUUCUACAAAACAAUAUUCCAUUUUGACAUUAUGGGGUAAUUGUGUGUAAAUCAUUGACACACAAUUUCUAUUUAAUCAAUUUUAAAUUCAGGCUGUAACAACAACAACAACAACAACAACAAUGUGGAAAAAGUCUAGGUGUGUGAAUACUUCCUGAAGGCGCUGUACCUGUGACCUGAGUUAUAAAACCUAGAGUGCACUAGGAUCAGUCUCACAAAAGACUGCUAGCAUGCACCAUUUUUUUUUUUUAAGUAGUCAACUUGGUGGGACUUCCUACGUGUCGCAGAUGGAAAUAUAAUUCCUAUUGAAUUCUUAUAGACUUGUAUUUUUAUGGCGAUGUCUUCCCGUGCCGUCACAGAAGUACUCCAUGGAACAUAUUACUGUAGGAAGUGUCAACUACGUGCUGCCUUCCUGUUCCUGUCAUUCACUAACCUUGAUCAGUGGUCUGGUCUGACCAAUUAACCACCAUCCUGCUGCUUCUCCACAUUGCCACUCCUUUCUAUAGCGUCACUUCAAAAUACCCCCCCCCCAAGGCAAAGAAAGGGUCUUUUAUAUUUUCAUGUUUGGUUCCGUUGUCCUACCUAGUCCUUCGAGACAUUCCCAUGAAAAGAGAAAAUGGAAAAUCUGUAGAGGUUCUAAAGCCGUUCAAUAUUCCUCCUGUAACCUACUCUGUUUCUACUCUGUGCUGUUCCUAAUCCUCCUGUAGCCUACUCUGUUUCUACUCUGUGCUGUUCCUAAUUCUCCUGUAGCCUACUGUUUCUACUCUGUGCUGUUCCUAAUUCUCCUGUAGCCUACUGUUUCUACUCUGUGCUGUUCCUAAUCCUCCUGUAGCCUACUGUUUCUACUCUGUGCUGUUCCUAAUUCUCCUGUAGCCUACUCUGUUUCUACUCUGUGCUGCCUGAACCAGAGCUUUCUCUCUCUGAUUUGAGAUUUUACCCCAUUCAGAAGUUUACAAUAUGGAAAAAGUCUUGACGGCAUCGUGAGUUAUCUGGAAUGGAUAAUAUUUCCAACCGAUCCCAUCCAAGCUCAAAUGGUUCUACAGAGAAAUAAGAUGGCUGUUUUUAAGUAUAACCCUAUUCCCUAUAUAGUGAACCACUUGGAUACAGAGGUCUCGCAUGAGAACCUUGUCUUCAUGUAUUUCAAAUCUCUUUGGAGACUUCAACUACCAGUCUAACAAAAAACAUUCCUUUUUAAAACCAAGCAUGGUCUUUAAUGCAGUGGUAUUCAAAGUCGUGGUCUGAGUGGGGUCGCCAUUUUAUAUAUAUAUAUAUUAAAAAUGAAGAACCAGAAACCAAGAGUACAGAUUAUUGUAUGGGACAUUAUACAAACGUUUUUGAGAAAUAAUUUGAAAAAUACAAUUUUAUUGAGUAAAUGUAUUUAUUGGUUUCUUUUCAUUUUUGAGAAGAUGUUUAUGUAGAAAUUUGCAGUUUUUUUUUUCGUUUUGUUUUGAUGGUUGUUAUUUGAUAUGGGGUGGGAACAUAAGAAAUUUGGUCCCCAGAAAUUCAAUUCGGGGGGGGGGGGGGGUCCCCACUGAAUACCACUGCUUUAAUGCAAGAGUUGUAUCACAGAGGUACACUGCAAGUGGGUGUUCAUUCAAUGUCCAGAAUUGUAUCUGUUGUUUUCAUGUACUUCUGCCAUUUUGUGAACGGAAGCUCUAAGAUGGCUGCCAGUUGAGUUGCAUUGUUUCAUACCCACCUCAACUGCUGUUUUUAAUUUAUCUCUUAUCCAAGCAUUUUGUUUUAAUGCUAUUUGGGGUGUACACGUUAUUUUUAAUAUUUUUUAUAUAUAUAUUGUAGGUGCCAAAGUCUUAACUACUGUGGACUGAAUUCCUUUUUAAUAAACACAUGUUUUUGGAA